AAAACCAAGAACAUAAUACCCUGCUUUUUUUUUUCGAGUGCUUUUGCUCCAUGACCAAUUUAUGGCUCAAGUUCACCACGCGCACCUACACGGGCUAAUGAUCAUAUGGAAAUUCACUUCUUGGCCAAAGUGACUAAAAACUUCCUCGUCUCUUGCGAAACAGGCUGUCAACAUUUUAUUUGUCCUUGCUUCUACAAACAGACACCACUCAAUCUCCACCACUCCUCUCCUGCCAUGGAAGUCACUCUAUCAUCAGCAGCUUCAGCUUCAACACUGAAAAACGCUAACGUCUUUGCAACUUCCAUCACUCAAAAAUUAAACACCUCGAUCCUAACAUGGCCUUCUUCUACAAAUCCCAAAGUGCUACAUCUUUAUUUCCCCAAGAAUCCUGUCCAAAGAAUCAACACCUUUCUUUCUCUCACUCGUUGCUCCACAAAACCAGACACCAACACAAACAACGAAACUGACCAAACUUCUACCCCUGAAUCCAAUUCAAAUCCAGAGCCCCAAUACCCAUCAACAACCAUUUCUUCAAAUGAUUCGCUGCCCUCCAAUUCUUUGCCAUCACAGUCAUUAUCUAGGGGAUUGGUGUUUGAUUUGGGUCCCUCAAAUUCAUGGGACGGCAAAGAAAUUGGGUCACCGGUGGUGAAAAGAUUCUUGAGUGACGAGGAAGAGAGAUGGUACAUGUGGUACCAUGGGAAUUCUAGUCAAAACUCAGGCUCAGCAGAUUCAAUAGGACUAGCAGUUUCAAGCAAUGGAAUUCACUGGGAAAGAGGGGUAGGGCCGGUUAGCUCCAGCGGUGAUGUGGGUUCGGUUAUGAAGUGUGGUCAAGAUUGGUGGGCAUUUGAUACAAUGAGCAUUAGGCCUGGUGAAGUGGUUGUAAUGUCAAGUUCAAAAGUCAGAGCUUCAAGUGCUGUUUACUGGCUUUACUACUCUGGUUUUAGUUCUGAGAAGGUGGAUUAUACGGAUGAUGAUUCCUUGGUGUUCAGUUUAGAAAACCCAGAAAGGUUUUGCCUUGAUAAUGUGAAUAAUGGGAAUGUUGAUAAAGGGAGGAUCUUUAAGUCUCUGCCUGGUCUGGCAAUGAGUCAGGAUGGGAGGCAUUGGGCUAGAAUUGAAGGGGAACAUCACAGUGGAGCUCUGUUUGACGUGGGGUCUGAGAGAGAGUGGGAUUCUUUGUUCAUUGCUGGUCCACGGGUUGUUUUUCAUGGUAAUAGUGAUCUUAGAAUGUAUUAUCACUCGUUUGAUGUGGAAAGUGGGCAAUUUGGUAUUGGGAUUGCAAGGUCAAGAGAUGGGAUUAAUUGGAUGAAGUUGGGGAAGAUAAUUGGAGGAGGAAAAAUCAGUUCUUUUGAUGAGUUUGGUGCACUAAAUGCAUGUGUUGUGAGGAACAAGAAAGAUGGGAGGUAUUUGAUGGCUUAUGAGGGUGUCGCUGCUGGUGGAAAGAGGAGUAUUGGAUUGGCAGUGUCUCCUGAUGGAUUAAGAGAUUGGAGGAGAUUUCAAGACGAGGCAGUGCUGGAGUCAUCUGUGAAAGAUGGAUGGGAUAACAAGGGAGUUGGAUCACCCUGUUUGGUUCAAAUGGACGGGGAAGUUGAUGAAUGGAGGUUGUAUUACAGAGGAGUUGGCAAUGAGGGAAGGACUGGAAUUGGAAUGGCAAUUUCUCAAGGAAAUGAUGUUAGUAGUUUUAGACGAUGGACAGGAUUCCAUUUAUAAGAUAAUGUGAACUAGGUGAUUUCGUUUUCUUUUGUUUACUUGUUAUCAUCAUCUAGAUCCAUUGUAGUUUGCUCAUGUGCACGAAGCUAUUGUAAUCUGAGUUUUAGUAUAUUAAUUUGUUUUUCUCACCA